CCGUUGCCGUGUAGGGCGGCUCGCCUUCCAUCACUCGAGCCACACAAAAGGCCGCCCUCCUUCUCACUUGGCAAUUUGCCGGCUCGAGCCUACGUCCAUCCAUCGCCGCCUACCAUCACUCUGAUGGCUUUCUUCAAGCUGAAAAAGACCGAGGCCGAGAAGGCGCAACAGCGCAACCUUAAGGAGCUCGAGCGCGCGGCCAAGGCGCAGCGCAAGAGCGCGGCAAAGGAGCGCAAAGCGGCUAAGCGCCAGGAGGAGAAGGCGCAGAAACAGACCGAGCAGGCGCUUAAGGCGGUCCAGAAGAGCAACCGCCAGGCCGCUAAGCAGGCCAAGAAGGCAGCUAAGACGCGUAUCCGCAUGGCUCGCAAGGCCGAGAAGGACCGUGUGCGUCUCCGUCGUCGCCAGGUAAAGCGCGCCCGGCGGGAAGCGGCUGCAAUUGCCGCGGGUGUGGUGGUGGCCCCGCCAUUCUCUAAGAGUGCGGGAUGCUACGUGUGUGGCAAGAAAUUCGGUCAGGCGCUGCACAGGCGUCGACACCACUGCCGCCAAUGCCGAGAGAGUUGCUGUCUGCAGUGCACGAGCAACACGCGCCGUCCUGUGCCGCUCUACGGUCUGAAGAAACCGCAGAAGGUCUGUGUCGUUUGCGACACACUUGUGCUUAAUAACGAGAACGCGGCUACUAGAUCCCAGCCGCGUGAGCCAGCCGAGGCCGUCGCUGCAUUGGCUGCCAGCGGCCGCGCGUCCCGUCGCCCUCACUCGGCCCCGCUGCCACCCACGACGGGUGUGACAGUGAACGUGCGUGGCCGAGAACGAGGCCGUACGCGCUCUUCGAAGAGCAAGAGCGGAUCCAUUUGGACGCUUCCGAUCCGGCCUCUGCUCAAGAGGAAGAAGAGCGCGGAGCAACUGCGAAACCGUAAGCUGGAUCUGGACUUGCAGAUCGAGAAACGGGCGCUGUUCGGUUCGCGUGGCGUUGAAUUGCAGCCGCAAGCGAUCGCUCCGCCAGCGCCGUAAGAGCGAAGGACGGAGCUAAAGCAUUGAAUCAAGGGGAGGUGGUGCGUGUGUCGUGUCUCCAAUGGACUGUAUCCUCCCAGCUGCAAAGCAUGGGCCAAGUUUGCUGGACGAGGUGCGAACGCUGUAUUAUCCAUAGUAACUUUGGAAUCCAUUUCAACGUUUUCUGCUUUUUACUUACGUGCGCGGAAGUUCUGGCAGACCAUCUGCACACGUGGGUUGCUGUCAGGCAACCAUGAUACAGCUUUGCUACUUGCAACAAGUAUCAUGUACAACCUCGUGCCAUCUCUCUGGCAAUUCAUCACCAACGAAACGACGUUGGUUACCGAAUUUUGAUGGGCAUUGAAUCACCCAGCACAGUUACCGGGCCCAACAGCGUUGGGCAAUGUUUUCGCGAUGAAUAAUUGAUCGCGUGCUUGUUGCAGUGAUGCACACUUAUCUUAUUUUGCUUGCAAGUUGCAGGGCAUUUAGUUACCAGAAGGGACACCAACCGAUGUAGCACUGGCAGAGGUUUUCAUGCGAGGUGGCUUGUGAGAUGAGACGCUGCACCUGCGCACUCACAUCGAGUGGCUCGCCGCCGUCGCCUUCAAAGUCGCGGCCGGACAGUUUCGCCUGUACACGUCGAAUGACGGCCACAGCCUUCUCGUUCAAUGCAACGCGCGGCGCUGCGGUACCUUCGGGUCCUAGAGCAUUUAGCAGCUCGCGUUCGCGGACGCUGCGGUUGGCGUGCAAAUCGUUGUUGGCCACUGACGGCGGGACAGUCUCCGAGGACGGCGGGAUGUGCGCAGCCGCCGUCACAGACACAAACGAGGUCGACGCGGCCGGAGCCAUUCGUGGUGGGGGGCCCAGCGGUGUACUGGGCGCCACUGGCUGACGCUCGCCUUGAGUUGUCUGGCCGUGCUCAGCUUGUCGUUGCUGUCGUAUCUGAGCCUGCGCCUGGAUCUGAGCCUGUGUGACGGAGAAACUGCGACUCAAGCUCGAGUGGCCAACGCUGGAUACGCUGGCCGCUAAGGACGAGAUCUCUGCAUGCAGACGAUUGGCAGGUGCACGAGGCGGAAGCUUGCGCAUCGGCAGCGGGAUCGACUUACUGAGACUCAUCGGACGCGACGACAACGACGACGGUAGUGGAGGUGGCGCUGUCUCCUCUUUGGGUCGUGGAGGCAACUGACGCGGAGCAGCCAAACUGGCGCUGACUUGACGUGGCGCAGGCCGCGGAGGAAGUUGCUGUCCUUGUUGAGUAUUCGUAUCAGCAUCUUCAGCCUUGUUCUCCUCAGCACUUGGUCCAUCGCUCUCUUUCUUCUCAUCUUCCUUCUCUUCUUUCCUCUCCUUACUGGUAACAGGUCGAGGUUCAUCUCGAUCAUCCAAUAGUGUAGCUGUCGAUGAAGGUGUCGGAUCGGGGAUCGAGAUACUCUCGCUACGUCGAUGCGGUGCCUCCUCUUCUGGACCAUGCGUCGAGGCCUCCGAAGGUCCAUGCGACGAAGCUUCUGAUGGUCCAUGUGAGGAAUCAUCAUACGGUCCAUGAGAAGAAUUAUCGGACGAAUACUCCGACUGUCCAUGAGAAGAGGCUUCAGACGGUUCAUAGUCGCUCUCGCUGUCCAUACUCAUCGCACUGGAAACUACCGAAGACGACACGACACUAGACGCCACUGAACUGCCAGCGUGACUCGAAGCCUGCACGUUCGUCGCCGACAGCAGACGCCAGUUGAUCAGCGGGUCGUGCACAAAGGCUUCCAGCAUCGCCAUGAGACUGUGGCGGUUCUCACGCAGCACUGCCAUCACACUCUCGCACGAGAAGCGGAAGUUGCCUUCGAUCCCACUCACCUCCAUCGCGUUCGUCAGCAUCCGUGUCAGUCGGAACGGGAUCUUCUCGGGGUAUUUCUCUCGAUCCAUCGCAACCUCGAAGCAGUCACCAAAGUCGAUAUGCACGAUCGUUCCUGUAAAGCGGUGCAGCAUCAGAUUGCUCGGGUGCCGAUCGCCCAGUCCAAGAAUGUAGCCCACCAUCGACAUGACGGCAAGAGACCGCGUGUAGUUGGUGCGUCGAUCCAGCCACACCUCCGAGUUCUCCGACUUGAGCCACAGCACCUUGUACAAGUCCUGGCCUGCUGUGUUCUCCAGCGCAUACUGGAACACCUCCACCUUCUCCAGUAGCGUCAACGCGUCGUAGUCCGGGGCCAUUUGCAGCAUCAAGCGAUGCUCAAUGUUCAGCAGGAUCUUGCGAGCUUCACGGUAGUCGCGGAUCAGUUGGUGCAGCGUAUCACAAUGAGGCACCCAGCCCACAAUACCGGCGUUGUCAGACAACGGGAUGACCGGGUAGCGAUGGAUCUUUAGGUCCUUCUUGGACGUGUUGCGAUCGUUGAUUAACAGCGCGUUCACCAGGCCAAAGAGCUGCGUCACUCGCUCGUCUUGACGUAAAUCUUCGUGGCCCUUUAAUAGGAACAUGUACUCCAACCCAUUGGAGCCCACGAUCGUGAUACGACGAGGUCGCUGCUUGCUCGUGAUAACUGCCACAGUUGGCAAGAAGCUGCCGAUCUUGACGAUAGCGUGGCCAGCACGGUAUGUUCCAGGCACAGCCAGUUGCAGGUUUCUCGCUGCUAAUAAGUUGGGAGACACCACUUGAAGCUCCAGCGUCGUGAUCUGCGGCAGCUGCUUGUUGAUACGACGGAAGACGUGGUAGUACAGAUCCCACGCGCGAUUCAGGUCUGAUUCGUUGCGUCGAUUGCUUAGGAACCGCUGCAGCCACUCGUUGGCUUCGCGUAGAUCUCGACCAAAGGCUCCGUGGAAACUCACCUCACGUAGCGUCUCUGGGCCUCGCUCCAUCAUGGCGUGCAGUGGCCGCAGAACUUCCGCCAUGCCGUCCACAUUGUGUUCACCGAAGUACAACCGCGAAGCUUCCUCCAGUCCUUCGUGCCACAUUUCAUGCCACAAAAUGGCAACGCGAAUGAGCUCUCGACUCACAAGCAACGCCUCGUCCACGAGCUCCACGUAGUUGGUCCGCAUGGUGCUCAUGAUGGCUUCUGCUGCUUGCUGACGCUCACUCACCGACGACUUGAGCGCUACAGACAGCGGAUAGAUGAGAGCAUGGGGAUGCUGCUUGCCUACAGCCACCAGCAAACGAUGGAGUUGCUUCUGGAUACGUGGGUAUGGCGUGUGGAUACGAGCAAUCAGCUGUGGGAUCACAAUGAGCCACGUCUCGAUACUCACGGACCGGAAACCUUUCUCUAAGGCUGCAUGCACGUCGGUGCGGUGGCCGUGAGCGAACCAAAGCGUCAGCACACGUAGAAUAUCCUGCUGUACGUUAGCAGCCCAACGACUGCGACCCAACGCAACUGACCGGAAGAAACCUUCAAUUGCUGGAGCAAUGUAGGGAGCCACGGAAGCUGAAGCCGCUACAGCCGAUGCAGUCGCGUUCGCAGAGAUAUGCUGGCUGUGCGUCGAGUGCUCGACGACCUGGAAGUUCAUCAAAGCCCACGCAUGCCACGCCUUGUAGCUACGCGGCUCCAGUUCAGUACAUAACCGUAGAGAAGACAGCACACUUUCCACCGGUACAUGUUCGAUCUGCUGGUCGUGCACUGCCAACUGCCACUCGGCCAUCUUCAAGUGACACUUGACAAGCAGCUCUUCUUCUUCGCUUCGCAUUGGCAUCAUCGCUGGAGCGGGAGACGGCAUACCACCCAUACCACCUGGAGGCUGGGAACGAUGUCGAGCCAUGGAUGAGAUACGUACCACCAAACGAUGCAAGUCUGACAGAGCUUCCUGCUUCUGUCCGGCAGCCCAGAGGUGCUUCAAGUAGGCGAAGGCCACGCGAUUGCGGUCUUUUUCUCCGAAUCCGAAGGAAGUGGCUGCUGAGCUGGACGGAGCCACACUUAACAUCUCCGAGAUGCCGGUACCAUUGGAUCCUGCACCGCCGUGCACGUGCAGCGCGUUGGUGAAUAUCUUGAGCGACAGCGAGAGGUUCCCUGACUGCCGACACAGACUGGCAAACUGCAGAUACGUGUCGAUGUCUUCGUGUGGCGACAGGAUCAACGCACGGACGGCAAUCAGUUGCUGCCACACUUCCACCACGCGCUUGCAGCCUGAUAGACGGUCAUGCCACAUACGCAUCAAGUGGCGCUUGUAUCGAGCAGCUUCUUCACCUUUAGAAAUCUGAGCUCGCAGCUUCUUGUACGUCACGACCUCCUCCAGUUCACUGAGUUGCUGCAGAGUCACCAUACUGCGGUAUGCGCGGCUGUAGGACUCGCCCACAAGAGCUCCAAGCUUCGUAUCCAGCGUCUUUCUCGUGACAUCGAUGAGUUUCACUGCCUGUUCGAAGUUGCCGCGAUGCACGGCCAACACGGACUCAUACAGCGACAACUCCGUGACAUCUUCAUCUGCUCCGAAGAUUCCGUGGCCGUGAGUGUGGCCGUAGCCGUAGCCUUGUCCAUUACCGUUAGCAGCUCGAGAAAUAACCGCACUAUUAGCGUUGCUUUUGUCGU